AUGGGUUCAGUAUCGGAGUUUCCCCGCAUUAAGGAGAUCCGCACCUUCGUCAUUGAUGGUGUUGGUUCUGGAGGUGAUUACCAUAAUGUCAAGGGAGGUCACUGGUUGAUUGACAGCAAUAUCUCUACUCCCAUGACCAAGUGGGCUGAAUACCGUGGUUCUCGUACUUCCUGGGGUAUCAACGUUCUGGGAUCAUUCUGCGUGGAGAUUGAAGCCACUGAUGGCACCAAGGGAUUUGCCACUGGAUUUGGUGGUCCCCCAGCUUGUUGGUUGGUUCACCAGCACUUUGAGCGCUUCUUGAUUGGUGAAGAUCCACGCGAUACCAACAACCUUUUUGAGAAGAUGUACCGGGCUUCCAUGUUCUACGGUCGCAAGGGUCUCCCCGUGGCCGCUAUCUCCGUUGUCGACCUUGCUAUUUGGGAUCUGAUUGGAAAGAUUCGCAAGGAGCCUGUUUACAAGAUGAUUGGUGGGGCUACUCGAUCCCGCCUGAACUUCUACUGCACUGGUCCUCAGCCUGCUGCUGCUAAGGGAAUGGGAUUUAUCGGUGCCAAGGUUGCUUUGCCUCAUGGUCCUGAUGAGGGAACCGAGGGACUGUUGAAGAAUGUUGAAUACCUUCGUCUUAUGCGUGCUAGUGUUGGACCCGACUUCCCUCUCCGUGUCGACUGCUACAUGUCUCUCACUGUUCCCUAUACUAUUCAGCUGGUCAAGCGCUGCGAGGCUAUUGGUCUGGAUAUUGACUGGUGGGAGGAGUGUCUGUCUCCCGAUGACUUUGACGGCCAUGCUCUGCUUAAGCAGGCCCACCCCACUGUCAAGUUCACCACCGGCGAGCAUGAAUUCUCUCGCUAUGGUUUCCGCAAGCUUGUUGAGGGCCGCAACUUGGAUAUCAUUCAGCCUGACGUUAUGUGGCUGGGUGGUCUUACUGAGCUGCUCAAGGUCUCUGCUCUUGCUGCCGCUUAUGAUAUCCCCGUCGUUCCUCACGCCUCUGGUCCUUACUCUUACCACUUUGUCGUUUCUCAGUCCCACAGCCCCUUCCAAGAGUACCUGGCCAACUCCCCCGAUGGCAAGUCAAUCAUGCCUGUCUUCGGUAACCUCUUCACCAACGAGCCCCUUCCUGUCAAUGGAUACCUUGAUGUCUCUGUCUUGGAUAAGCCAGGUUUCGGUCUGGAGCUGAACCCUGCUGCUCCUUUAAUCCCUGCCUCUGCGCUCCUCACCCCUGCGCCUCAAAAGAGCCUUUGUGCUCCUGACGAUGAGCAGGCUGCUAAUGGUACUCAUGCUUAA